AAUCCACCAAGACUUCCGAGUCCCCCGGCCCAACUACUCCAUCAUCCGCUCUUAAUCUCGCUUUGCUAAUCCCAGCAGCUAGCCAUGAACAGCCCUAUGUUCGAGCUGUCGAAUCUGAUGGGGUUCAUGUUCAGUGCGGGUUUGCUGGACAAUGCGUUCAACAGGCUGCAGCAGCUCCAGGAAUCCAGCAGCAACCCUGGAAUGGUCAGUGAGCUAGUCAAGAAAUUUUGCGAGGACGGGGAGCAGACCAUUCGCGAGCUCGCCAACCUGCUAAAUGAGCAAGUCGUGGACUAUCACCAGGUUACCAUUUCUGCGUAUAACAUCAAGGGGCGCAGUUCAAGCUUUGGUGCUCGGAGAGUGGCGAACGCUAGCAUUGAGUUAUGUGAGUUCUGUAAGGAAAAGAACAAACUUGGAUGCCUUAUGACACUAGAGUCUAUUAAAAAUGAGUUCUACGAUCUGCGCGACAAGUUGCACACCAUGGUUCAGCUGGAGAAGCGGGUCGAGGCCUACUUCCCGAGGAAGUAAAAUUGGAGCAAAAAAAAUUAGUUGAGCCGCAUGUUUCUGACGACAGACGACACAGCACUGCACUCC